GAACUAUGGCCAUCAACGAUUCCCUCCAUAUUCCGACCAGUGCGUCGAUCAUCGUCAACUUUACAGCAGCACUGUCCACCAGCUACCAGGAGCUGUUUGUCAAUCUGCAGCUGAACGAGGCGUCGGGUCUCGGGUCGGUGUUUGAUGAUCGGCAUCGGGCCAAUGUUACGAUCGGUUGCAGCAGGGCAUGUCUGUCGUGGAAGAAGCUCGUGCUUGUGGCACUGUUUUGUCUGCUGAUAGUGAUCACCGUCGUCGGGAAUACGCUGGUGAUCCUGUCCGUGCUAACCACGCGACGGCUACGCACCGUCACAAACUGCUUCGUAAUGAGUUUGGCUGUGGCCGACUGGUUAGUCGGUAUUUUCGUGAUGCCUCCCGCCGUCAUCGUGUUUGUUGUUGAAUCAUGGCAACUGGGCUGGAUCCUAUGCGACAUUUGGAUAUCACUCGACGUGUUGCUCUGCACAGCCUCCAUCCUUAGCCUCUGUGCAAUCAGCGUUGAUAGAUAUCUGGCCGUUACGAGACCGCUCACCUACUCGAAACGAAGACGCUCCAAGCGGUUAGCACUGUUGAUGAUUUUCGUCGUGUGGCUGGUAGCGCUAGCAAUAACCUGUCCUCCAAUUCUUGGCUGGUACGAUCAGGACCGAAGGACACUACAGACGUAUGAGUGCCACUACAACCAGAACAAGGGCUACGUCGUGUUUUCCGCCAUGGGGUCCUUCUUCAUCCCGAUGACCGUGAUGCUGUACGUCUACUCGAAGAUAUGCUGUGUGUUGACGUCUCGCCAAAACAGGAUGACCAAAACGGAGGCGACCGAAAAGAACUGCGAUAUCGAAGUGGACAACUGUACAUCGGAUGCCGACACCAGUCCACGACAAAUGGCGAGUGGAGCGUACGGUGGACGACAUGCACUUUCCACCGGCCACUAUCCAAAUGGUAGCAGCAGCAACAACACCUCUCACCAAACAUUGUACGAGUUUCUUAGUUCGACACGUACCACACCGAAUGCAGCCUCCCGUGGCACCCAGAGCACCACACGGAACGGUAGCAAUGCAAGCGGCAUGUCCAAAUUCUCCGGUGCUACAUUUGAACUGCGACCCAUCAACACGGUGCAGUUCAGCGCAAGCCAAAUCUCGCUCUCAGAAUCCUGCGCUUCAAAUGUGACGACCAAUGCGACUAAGAUACGUUUACACGGGAAACGCAUCCCGAUUCGCAUCUCAUCGCUAAAGCGUGAAACGAAGACGGCCCAAACGCUCAGCAUGGUGGUGGGAGGAUUCAUCGCCUGCUGGCUACCAUUCUUCGUGUACUAUCUGCUGAUGCCAUUCCUGCCCGAUGACUCAAAAAGUGACGACCUGAUGGAGUUCUUGACCUGGCUCGGAUGGAUUAACAGCGCUAUCAAUCCGUUCAUUUACGCGUUCUACAACGUUGACUUCCGGGUGGCGUUUUGGCGCCUUACGCUGCGGAAGUUCUUCAAAAACAAGCACAACCUCACCUUUUACAAAUCGUAA